AUGUCCACAAGUGGUAGCAAAAGUAUUCAAGAGGUGCUAGAUGAGUACUAUAUUGAUGCAAAGGGUGGAUUUGUCGUCGAUGCUGCAAGAGCUCUAAUUUCGGCGCUCAUUAACAAACGUACCACCAAUCAAAGCAAGGUCAAAAAAGCCUUCAAUACUCUUUUGAAAUACUAUGAUGAAUAUCCAAAUAUCAUGAGUCCAUUAGGACUCGGAAUCGGCAUUAUAUUUUUGAUUGAUUCAAAUAAUGAUCGAAACGUCGUAAGAAGAUUACAAGGAGAAAUAAUAGCCGCUUUUAAAAAGUAUCCUCACACCUUGUGGGAACAGCGUCUGACCGAAAUUCAAGUCGAAGCAAAAGAACUGAAAACUCGCCAAUUGACCAUGGGCACCCUCAAGUUCAUCAUGUCCAUCUCAAUUGGUUAUCUUGCGUACGCAAGUACGGCAGGUAUUUUGGCAAAGACUGCUUUGGCUGCAGGAUCCACCGGAUGUGGAAUGGCUGGUGUGAUAAACAGCGUCAACUACUACAAUUUACAUGAGCUCAUCAAACGUUUAGAAAGAGAUGACUAUUUGAACUAA